ACUUACCUGACUUUGAAACUCAGUUUGGGGGCACUGGCAUCCUGGACCCACCAGGUACACGUGCAGACGAGUUCUAGCGAGGUAUCAUCCUCAGCCUCAUCUACUCCUCGUACUCCGUCCUAGAUCUUGGAUACUGCGCUUGUAUCAUAUGAUACCAUGAGUUCUUCAUUGCUCCCUGCCAUCGUCGAGAAUGAACAAGUUGAUAGCGCAAACAUGUUACACCAAGAGACCCGUGCGAAGAAUGUGAAAGGACAAUAAGUUCGCUUUACUUUCUCUAUCCGUGAUCUUAUCUUCCUUGCAGAGGAAGAGGAUCACGGCCUUCAUCCUUGGGAAACUCUUCGAAGAGGACUAGUCCAUCGCCACAACCGCUGUCCAAGGUGAUGGGUUCGACAUCAUCGCGUGCACCCAGCACAUAUUCAAACUCGCAAAUGGCCGCUUUAUCUGAUAACGGACUUGUGGACGGUAUGCCGAUGUCUAAUUGGCUGUUUGAACGCCAUGCAUUCAUAGUCGGUCGUAUUCCAAUCCGCUCUGAGGAGCUAGCGAACAAGACCGGAAUUAACGCGAUGGUCAAAAUAUAUGAUCAGAUGACGGCGUGUACCUGGUCGAACAACAUCAAAACUAUACUAUCGAAUGCAGCAUUCGAUAGUUGCGUGUCAGACAUUAGAUCAGAACUAUGCGACAUGAAUAGUGGUCCCAACCGUCAGCCCAGCACGAUCGAUGCUCCGUCUUCGGAGCAUGUCGAGUCUAUUGCACGCCGGAUUUCCAUUCUGUUACACGCCAUAAAAGGUGCCCGCAGCUGUGAUGAUGUUGCUCAGUCGCACGGCGCCAACGAAGCUGAUCGGCGUCAGGAGUGGGCUUCGUUACUCCUCAAUUUCUUCCAACCCGUUGCCAAGCAACGGGAUGUGUUGUUACAAGGUGUGGCCCAAGUUGUCCCAUUAAAUAUAUCGGCGGCAGCUACUGGAACAUACUCGGAAAUUAGAGAUGGCAACUGAAGCGGUGCGGAGAGGAAAUAGAGAUUGGAAUAUGUACGGCACGGGUGGAACAUCCACUUCAAGUGCGAACGAAACAUUGGUAUAAUAUUGCGAAAUAUCAUACCAAUGUUUUCGUUUGCACUCGAGGUAUCCUUAAGUGGUUGUUUCAAAUAUUGUUUGUCGCACUCAUAG